GGAAAUGACUGGAGGGAGGCUCUUAUCUGGGACUGAAAUUAGAAAUUAUCACCAUGAAUUGCGUAUUACUUUUAUUCAAGUCAUAUUUUUGUCUUGUUUGAACGUUGACAGCCCAGCAUCGGAGGAAAUUUGGUGACCUUGGACGCUUGGCAAGGCAUUUUAACACCGUUUUUAUUUGCCUUGGAGCAGUGCCCGAGACUUACCGAUAACCGUUUUUUUUCUUACAGCCAAAAUGCCGCGGGACAACAAAACUCCUCUUAUCCAGAAAAUAGCUAAACAAGCCCACAUCACAUUUAAAGGCUUAAAUUCUUCAGAGAACGGGGAAAAUAAACUGGUUGAAGACCAACAGAGUGAACUGAUCUCCUUAGUGACCGCAGUCAGGGCUGCCGACCUGAAAAUUGCUCCCCGGAAAACCAAGCCGAGCAGCGGUGCUGCGGGGCUCCAGAACCCCCCGGUCACCUACAUGCACAUCUGCGAGACGGAGGUGUUCAGCAUCGGCGUUUUCCUGCUGAGGACCGGCGCCUCCAUCCCGCUGCACGACCACCCGGGCAUGAACGGGACGCUCAAGGUUCUGUACGGGAAGGUGAGCGUCCGCUGUUUUGACAAGCUGGAGGAUAACCUGACUGUCGGCACCGUCCCGCCUCAUUUCGAGCCUCCGCUGUCUCCGCAGCAGACGGGCUCCCUGCGGCGCUCCGUGCUCCGCUCAGUCACUGAGUACUCAGAGACCAGCGGGCCGUGCCUCCUCACUCCUCUGCGGGAUAACCUCCACCAGAUCGACGCAGUGGAGGGGCCAGCUGCCUUCCUGGAUAUCCUCGCACCUCCAUACAAUCCAGACGACGGGCGGGACUGUCACUAUUACAAAGUCCUGCAAACUGUGGCUGAGGGAGAAACGGAUGGAAAGAGCAACAAGGAGCUGCAGGGAGAGGAGAAGGAGGAAGGAGAGGAGAUGUGGCUGCUAGAAAUCCCUCAGCCAGAGGACUUCUGGUGUGGUGGGGAACCCUACCCAGGCCCUGCUGUCACUUUCUGAAUGAAACUGCGGUAUAUGACGAUGACAAAAUGUUGACAUCCUUCCAUCCACAUGGGGAGAAUUAGUUUUGCCCUGUUAACAGGGAGCUCCAACAUGACGCUCAUUAUUACCUGAAACUCAAAGGGAUCUGGUGCCUUGCUCAGAGAUGCUGCAGCAGGGUAGCUGCUCCUACAAGCUGAUGCUGGAACUCUGACAUCGUACACAGAAUACGGACCACUGAGCUGCCUUCCACAAGCCGGCAAUCAUUUUGUCAGUACUGUGAAAAGAGUUGACACAUGGAAUUUACAUUGCUAAUUUGGUAUAGUUGUUUGGACCAUGAUGUUGCCUCGUGAAUGUCAUUAGCCAAAUGUUGUGUGAAUCUUGGGAUGUCAUUAGAAUCUCUACCUUCUGGUAGGUUUUGAAAGCCUCGUAUAUAUUAUUUUUUCACUCUGCCGCAGAGGACCUCAUAUCGUGACGUGUCUUAAUGCCAAAGCCUGUAACUCAAGACGUACCUGCCUUAUUUGUGAAUAUGGAAUGUAUACUUAUUAAGAGUGCCAUGUCUAUUGUACACACUACUUUCUUCUUCCAAAGUGCACUGACUGCAUUAUAUACACUUUAUUUUGACACUCCUCCUUCAGAAUACAACCACAUAGGUCAUUUUGCACCAGCAGAAAUUACAACCCAUAUUUACAUUUUUUGUUAGGGCCUUUGUUUACUUAACAUUUUAUUUAUUUUUUUUCUCAGUGCCAUCAUAACUUUUCAAUUGUUUCCUAUAUGGAGCUG